AACAGUCUUAUAAAGUACAAUGAACAUGGCUCCCAAGCCCCAAAUGACCAAACGCCCGGACUCAUUUCAACGCAGGAUGCCGAGCUUGGGCAUCUUCCCCUUCGGGGGUUGUUUCAACGGGUGCCGAGACCACACUCGAUCGUCGGGUCUCGGCACCCGGUCUGGAACCACAGCGACAGGGCCGUGGAGCUCCAAGUACGAGUGGGAUCGAUCCUCAAGAAGGUUCACACGUUGAAACCCGGGUGUUCGAAGAGACUCGAGUGCAAGAGCAUAUACAAGGCGUAUAUGCCCGGCGGCGGAAGCGACGGAGGCGGUGGAGGGAUGAAGAGCUUGCUUUAUUACUAUGAUCAAACUUGUCACCCUUACGUUUGGGUGAAUGACACGGCGGGUGAUUCAUCGAGGAUGGUCAAGCAGCAGUAUAUCAGCCUCGAAGAUCUGAGGGAUUGUUCUGAGAUUCGGGUUUUUAGAGAUCAUCAACGAGGCUGCAUUUCAGUUCGCAAGAAACCCAGGCCAGAUUCUUGCUGAUCUUUUUUCUUAUAAAGAUCAAUUGAAGAUGCAAUUGUUUAUUUGCAAUUGUUCUUAUUUGCUCUCGAUGUUUGUUUAUUUUUUUUUUUCAUGUAUUAACCUACGA